UUAUUCGUUUACAGAGACUGUCUGAUUGUGCCGUGGUAAAAAAAAGAGUUCCUUUUGAUGAUGGUAUUUCUACUCGCGAGGGAAACAUACAACACACAGUGGAUCAACUGGGAUAAAAGAAAUUCUGCGUUUAUUGUUCAGGAUGGGGAACGAGAAAUGCUCCUGGAUAUGUUGGAUUGUGCUGCUUUGUCUUUGUGAAUGCAAUGCUUCGCAUUUAUCUUACACCAUUUCCGAGGAGGUGAACAAAGGGGCCUUGCUGGCCAAUAUUGCAAAGGAUCUGAACAUAAAUGUGCAGGAACUGGAGGACCGAGGUUUGCGCAUUCUUUCGAGUGACAGUAAGAAAUAUUUUGACGUAAAUUUAGCGACAGGAAAUAUAUUUGUUAACGACAGGAUCGACAGAGAGGAGCUGUGUUCAAACGCUGAACGAUGCUCUCUACGAAUACAGGCAGUUUUGCUGAACCCGAUGGUUGUACACCGCAUUGAAGUGAAUGUUUUAGAUAUUAAUGACAACUCGCCCGACUUUAACGAGCAUUUAUAUUUUCUAAACAUCUCUGAAUCCGUGUCACCGGGAGAGCGCUUUCUUCUGCCAGUCGCAGAAGAUGCAGACGUAGGAAGCUACGCAGUGAAAAGCUACAAGCUGGAUAAGAACGAACAUUUUUCACUCGAUGUUCAAAGCGCCGGUGAAGAUGGUUUAUCUGCUGAGCUUGUGCUUCAGAAAGCUUUAGAUCGAGAGAAACAGCCAGUGCUUAAACUCAUCGUGACCGCUAUGGAUGGAGGAAUACCAGGGAGAUCUGGUACAUUACAGAUACAUGUAAAUGUCAUAGAUUCUAAUGAUAACACGCCCAUAUUCAGUAGAUCUCUUUAUAAAGUACGAGUGAAUGAGGACACAGCACCGGGGAAUGUGCUAAUAAAAUUAAAUGCCACUGAUUUAGACGAAGGCAUGAAUGGUAAGAUCGUGUAUUCUUUUCUAAGACGAGGUAAUUCCGAUCUAACAAAAGUAUUUGAUAUAAAUUCUGAAACUGGAACAGUUACUUUGAAGAGUAAUAUUGAUUUUGAGAAAACGCCUGCUUAUGAGUUGAGAGUCCAAGCAAAGGAUCAGGGAGCCUCCUCUCGUAGUGCGCAUGCUAAAUUACUAAUAGAGGUGAUCGAUGUUAAUGACAAUGCUCCGGAAAUAUUAGUGACAUCAUUAGUGACACCUAUAAGAGAAGACGCAAAAUUAGGAGCGAUAGUUGCUUUAAUAACAGUGGUUGAUAAAGAUGGAGGGAACAACGGUUUAACUAAAUGCGGCGUGGUUGGAUCUGUUCCUUUUAAGUUAAAAUCCAAUUACAAAAAUGAUUAUUCAUUAGUAGUUGACGGACAGCUGGACAGAGAAAAUAUUUCUGCUCAUAAUAUCAGCAUAAUAGCUACAGAUGAGGGAAGUCCGCCUUUGUCCAGUAUGAAAAUCAUUACAGUCAGUGUCGCUGAUGUCAAUGACAACCCUCCUCGAUUUGUGGAGCCAGUGCUUCAUAUUUAUGUCAAAGAAAACAGCCCGAUUGGUUCAACACUUUACACGGUGAAAGCAGUUGAUUCUGAUCUACAUGACAAUGCAAAGAUUACCUACAAAUUAUUACCUAUGUCAUUUAUUAAUAUUCAAAUAUCUUCACUCUUAAACAUCAACUCAGACACUGGGGAUAUAAUCGGUUUACAGUCUUUUAACCAUGAGGAGUUAAAAACAUUUCAGUUUAAAAUUCAGGCUACAGACUCUGGUGUUCCUCCACUGAGCAGCAACGUGACAGUUAAUGUUUUAAUCCUCGAUGAAAAUGAUAAUAAUCCAACUAUUUUAGCUCCUUAUUCUGAGCACGGCUCUGUUAACAGUGAGACCAUCCCUUAUUCUGCUGAAUCUGGAUACUUUGUAGCAAAGAUCAGGGCUGUGGACGCAGAUUCUGGAUACAACGCGCUGCUUUCAUAUCACCUGUCGGAGCCCAAAGGAAACAACCUGUUUAGAAUCGGAACCAGCACCGGAGAAAUCAGGACUAAGAGGAGAAUGAGCGACAAUGACCUGAAAACUCACCACUUGUUGGUGUUAGUUUCUGAUAAUGGAGAACCUUCUCUGUCAGCCACUGUUUCUAUUGAUGUGAUGGUGGUUGAAAGCACAGCUGAUGUCCAGACUCAGUUCAGACAUGUGCCUAUAAAGGAGGACAACUUCUCUGAUUUGAACUUGUAUCUACUGAUCGCCAUCGUGUCAGUGUCUGUGAUCUUUCUGCUGAGUCUCAUCAGUUUAAUAGCUGUCAGAUGCCACAGGACAGACAGUGAUUUCAGCAGGUACAGCGCCCCCAUGAUCACCACCCACCCUGACGGGAGCUGGUCUUACUCUAAAGCUACUCAGCAGUAUGACGUGUGUUUCAGCUCAGACACACUGAAGAGUGACGUAGUGGUUUUCCCCGCACCGUUUCCGCCUGUAGAUGCUGAACUGAUCAGUAUUAAUGGGAAUGAUACUUUUACCAGAACUCAGACUUUACCGAACACAGACAAGGUAAGCGAUAUAUUCCCACAUACCGUAAUAUGUAUUCAAAUAUUAGUAGGAUUUAUGUUGCAAGUCGUUUUAACGCUACACAUCUAA